AUGAAGUUAUUAUUAGUAUUAACUAUUUUAUCAGUAUUGGCUAGUUGCAUCAAAGCAGUUGAUUAUAUUUCAAUAGUACCCUAUGGCGAUUACCAAUGCGGUGAUGUUCCAGCAGGACGAGGUUUCUACGUUCCAUUGAAUACUUGCAUUAAUCUCUUUUUCCAAGACACCUAUUUCGAAAUUGUCGAUGGAGAGUUACAAGUAUCCUUUAGCCCCAAUUGUGGUGAUGAAGAUAAAGAUACUUUUUAUUAUGAUCUUGAACAAUGUACAAUUUUUAAACUUAAAAAUACUGCAAAUAACUAUGCUUCGAUUAUUAGCUUGACCUCAAAACCCCCAGCCGAUGCCAUCAGCUACAAUUAUUAUUUUACCAAUAAUAAAAAUCAAUGUUCCGGAAAUUAUUUCCAAGUUUACCAAACUAAUGGAUCCAAACAAAAUUUCUAUCAAUACUAUUGUGAAAAUAACGUUGUUAAAAUUUAUAAUUGCUACAAUCCUACAACUGGUUCAAAUGAAUGCCAACCAAUUAAUGUUAAUAGUGGCUGUAAUCAACCCGACAAAUAUUAUGAUUAUCCAAACGACAUUACCUGUUAA